GAAAUUUUUGUUCUCUUCUACAUCUUUAUUGCUUGUAGCACUGUACAACAUAGCAUCCUUUGGAAGAAGAUUCAAUAAAUGCUCUCUCAAAAUAUGUCAGUUUAUAACUUCUUUACUUCAUGAUCCUUGCAUGCGAUUAUAACACUAACGUUUGUAUUUACCGCAUAUAGUCAUUGUAUACUUGUACACUGUACUGUUCCUUAACUGAACAAAGGUUCGGUUCGACAGGCGAAAAGAAAUAACGCCAACAAUUGAUUCAUUUUAUUGAAGGUUGAAAUUUGAUUUGACUUUUCUUUUUGGUUUAUAUAUUAGGCUUCCCAAUUUGUACCUUUAUACUAUUUAAAAUCUAUUUUCUCUAAUCCUCGCAAAUACGGGCCCAUUGGUACUUUAUUUAUUAGGUAAUACACUAUUCGUUCAUAUAUUUUCUCCUUUUUUUUGGCGAAAUUAUGUCUGCUAUACAGGCUCAUUUACUCUCCGAGAAAAACUCCUCGCAGUCCACAGUACGAUCUACAGGGUCCGAAUUGUUAGAUAUUCUCCUAAAGAUAUGCCUUUGGAUUGCGCCCUGGUAUGCAUGCCUGAGUACAUUGUUUUUUACAUGGCUGAUUAUUCUCUACCCACGGCCUACCCUUGCAUGCUCAGUGUCUGCUUGGCUUUUCUGGUUUACCAGUAUGCGGAAAUUGAAAGACGAGGAAUCUAGGAAAGAUUCUUCUAGUAAGGAAAGCGAAGAAAGCAAAAAGGCAUCGGAUGAAACUGGUUCGGAAUCAGCGCGUUCAACCACAGAAUCCGAUGAACAGGCCGUUCACGUUGAUUCUGAUUUUGAAGAAGAGGAGCCCAGUAAGUUAAUUCCUGGUCUUCACUUACUACAAGGUAGGUGGGCUCAUGGAAAAGCGGCGACCACGGGCGCAGAAGACUUGCAUACAACAAGCGAUUUGUUAUCUCAUAAGGCGAAGAAAAAGCCACAAAGAUCUGACAGUAUAGGUCAGGAAGUACAGGAAGGAAAAGCUCCAUUAGGUGAAGAUUAUCUGCAUAAAAUUGGCAGAUUAUCUAUCUCAAAAAUUGUGACGGAUCACUUAAUUCGAAAAGAAGAUUACCCUGUUGAAACUUCUCAGAAGAUCAAUAAAGGACCGAUAUUCGUGAACUCAUCAACUGGUCCCACUUUGCUGGAUGCCUAUCUUGAGCCCGUUCACCAUUUGUAUCAGUAUUCAUUAGAAUCAAAUACUCUAUUCUUUAGUUAUCUGCCCUUUUUAACAGCUGCCUUUAUUUUUUGCCUCCCCACCCAAGCCGUGUUUAUUUUCUUUUCGACAAUAGUGCUUGCAUGGCAUUCCCCUCCUAUGAAAGCCGUUUUGCUUGCGAUUUCUCGAAUCUCCAUCUUCAGCUCACUUUCAGAAAAAUUCGUAUUUGGGAAAAUUGAAGUCAGGGAGGAAGAAGAUGAAACCUUAUUGAACGAGCCCACAUCUGUUCCUGGAGACGUUUCAGACAAGGAACCAAAAGAUACUGCUACUAGUACCUUGCUGAAAGCAUUGAAAAAAAGCGCUGUCCCUUCGAAAAAGGAGAUUACUUCUACAGAAAGCAAUGGAAAUGAAAAUAGUACGGAAAAAUAUCUAUACCUGAUUGAGCAUCAGCGAUACUGGGUUGGUGUUGGCUGGUUGAAUCGGACAUUACCAACUGACCAUCCUAAUUUCACAAGCUUAGACAGAAAUAUUCCUGUAGCAGAACCUACCGCUCAGCUCUUACCUCCAGACGGGAUUGCUUGGAUCGACGACAAGUGGUCAAUUGGUCCUUGGACAUAUACGGAUACUUUUUGGAGACAACCUUCUUUAACACAGUACAGGACGGCAUUUACGAGAUUCAGAGAAUGGAGAAGAAGGUAUCGUAUAUUACCCGAGGAAUCUGUGCACUCUGUGCCGGAGCCGUUAUCAUCUGAGAAAGGACUAGAUGAUGAACAAGUUGUCGACUUAAACAACACAAACAGUACAAGCGCAACUACGAAACCCCAAUCAAAGACUGAGGUAAUUUAAAACGUAUAAUGAAUGAGAAUCUACCUGCUACUAAGUCACGGUCUUCCCCAGCUUCUUCUACAAGAUGAUAAUUCUCUUUUUGGGAGUUUGAAAACAACAAAGAAAAUAGUGCAAAGUCCUAGUUCUCUAACGAUGAAUACUAAUCAAAAUUUUGAUGAAUUUUCCAGAAUCGCUAAAAGCUUUCUACACAGAAACGACAAAAAAAGAAACCAAGAUAAAAAAAAUGCCGCUAUUCUAACUUAUAAAAAAAGUUUAAAACAAGAUUCACGUUAUAAACAAAACCAACUCUGGAUGAAAGAUGAUUAACGGAUUCAAGUACCGUUCAGCGUACUUCUAGUAUAAAAAGGACCCAUAAUUUUUACCUUUUUUUAUUUUCACAUUGUUAAUUUGUUCUAUUCACACUACAGGUAUAAUAUCUAAUGUAUUUUCCCCAGACACCUAGGAAUCUUUACCUUAAGCUUUCUCCCUUACUAAGCCAAAAAAAAAAGUUCACGAUAACGAAGUAAAAAAUAUGACAUGAUGUAACUAUGAACGGGAAAUUACUUCAGUCUCCGAAAAAGUACAGCACCUUCAAGGGCAAUUUUAGCCAACUGGAUCAUUAAAAAGUUCGCUUGUGACAUAACCUUGUGACUUGCCGGCGAAAUUUUUCAUGGGUAAACAAAUAAAAUAUGAGUGUGCGAAUUGAAAGAAAAUCGGCCAAGCUGAGGCCAAUUACAAGAAGCCU